AUCACACGCAACCCAGACGACCAAUCUCUCUUCUUUCCUCGAAUUGAAAACCCUAAUUCAUUCUGUUCUCUCCAUUUUCGAGGGUUGAGCGAACGAAAUCGAAGCACCAUGGUUUACUAUUUCAAAGCCCGGCCCGACGUCGGUGAUUACUCCAUUUUCAUGGGGCUCGACAAGUACGAGAACGAGGAGCUUAUCAAAUACGGCUUCCCCGAGGAUAUUUGGUUCCACGUAGACAAGAUGUCAUCUGCUCAUGUUUAUGUGAGACUGCAAAAAGGGCAGACCAUUGAUGAUAUUAGUGAAGGGUUGCUGGAGGAUUGUGCUCAGCUUGUCAAGGCAAAUUCCAUUCAAGGAAACAAGGUAAACAACAUUGAUGUCGUGUAUACACCUUGGUCCAAUUUGAAGAAAACUGCUUCCAUGGAUGUUGGCCAAGUUGGUUUUUAUAACCCCAAGAUGGUCCGAACUGUAAGGGUGGAAAAACGGAUCAACGACAUCGUAAAUAGAUUGAACAGGACUAAAGUGGAAAGGAAGCCUGAUUUAAAAGCCGAACGUGAAGCAGUGAAUGCAGCUGAAAGAGCGGAGAGGAAGCAACACCUGAGAGAAAAGAAACGACGUGAGGAACUGGAAAGGUUAGAAAAAGAGAGGCAAGCAGAGUUAAGGAGCUACAAGGGUUUGAUGGUCUCUGAGAAAAUGACAUCUAACAAACAGAUUGCUGCAACAAGCAAAUCGCUAGAAGAGCUGGAGGACGAUUUUAUGUGAUCGAAUUGAUCGGUACGAAUGCUGCAAGAAAUAGAAAUUUGCUUUUCUUGGCCCGAAGUUGUUCUCUCGUACGUGAUCAAAUUAUUGUGUUUAGGCUCGAUGACGUCCAACUUGUUGUGUCUACCUGAUGAGACGACUAUACAAAUAGAAAUUUGCUGUGGGUUUCUAGAGAGCGGAUUUAUGGUGUUUAUGCAAGUUGUAAUUACUUUUACUCUUGUUUAAUGAUUAUAAGUUAGCUCAUUUUGGCCUACUUUUCUUC